ACCUGAGUGUCAUUCCGAGCAAGAAAGCAGAGCCUAGCAGAGUCCCCCAUCACUCUGUACAGACCACCCUGCGCUCACACCUAACACAGUGAUAAGAAGAAGCCGGAGUAAUUAGUACAAUGUAAACGCGUUGCUUUGCUUGUGUUCAUCGAUCCGUUUUUGGCCCCCUUACCCCCCCCCCCAAAAAAAAGACAAAAAGAAAAAAUAUUACUUUUGCUGGAUUCGUGCACGCGCCUGGAGAGCUCUCAACACCUGCGAGAACUAUGUGAAGAUUUUGUGUGACACACCAUCGGCCACAGCGUUCCCCUCUCAGAGGCAGACAUGAAGUCUGUUCUGGAUGGCGUGGCGGACACCACCUUCAGGACCAUCACCUCGGGGCUCCAAUACCUUGGGUCUAACGAUGCCAGCUACGAUGACCCCACUAUCGAUGCUGACUUUGUUAAGGGCGGAUACUCGUUUCAGAAGCCUCCGUCUGCCUUUCGCAGCAACUCUUUCCCAGAUAAAGUCGGUCCGAAUGAGGAACUCAUCCUCAAAUCGAUUCCGUUCUACCCCACCAAUGGCACGGAUCUGUUUGGGAACCGGACCCUGGUGGAGGAGGGGGACAACGUGCAGUGCGGUGAGAACUUCAUGGACAUGGAAUGCUUCAUGAUACUGACCCCGAGCCAGCAGCUGGCCGUGGCGGUCAUGUCUCUGACACUAGGCACCUUCACGGUGCUGGAAAACCUGGUGGUGCUAUGUGUGAUCCUGCAGUCCCGUACCCUGCGCUGCAGACCCUCCUACCACUUCAUCGGCAGCCUGGCCGUGGCCGAUCUGCUGGGCAGUGUGAUCUUUGUCUACAGCUUCUUGGACUUUCACAUCUUCCAUCGCAAAGACAGUCCCAAUAUAUUUCUCUUUAAGCUUGGAGGCGUCACAGCGUCCUUUACCGCUUCCGUUGGGAGUCUCUUCCUCACGGCCAUCGAUCGAUAUAUCUCGAUUCAUCGGCCGCUGGCCUACAGGCGCAUUGUGACGCGUACCAAGGCAGUGAUUGCCUUCUGCAUGAUGUGGGCCAUCUCCAUCAUCAUCGCAGUGAUCCCCCUGCUUGGCUGGAACUGCAGGCGCCUAAACACGGUGUGCUCAGAUAUCUUUCCACUAAUUGACGAGAACUACCUGAUGUUCUGGAUCGGCGUGACCAGCAUCCUUUUGAUCUUUAUCAUCUACGCCUACAUGUACAUCCUGUGGAAGGCCCACCACCAUGCUGUGCGGAUGCUCAGUCGAACCUCGCAGAAAAGCCUGGUGGUCUACUCCGCGGACGGCACCAAGGUCCAGACCACCCGGCCCGAGCAAGCCCGAAUGGAUAUCCGCCUCGCCAAGACGCUGGUCCUUAUCCUGGUGGUCCUGGUGAUCUGUUGGGGUCCUGUGCUGGCCAUCAUGGUCUAUGACCUCUUCUGGAAGAUGGAUGAUGAUAUCAAGACGGUGUUCGCCUUCUGCAGCAUGCUCUGCUUGUUCAACUCCACGGUGAACCCCAUCAUCUACGCGCUGCGGAGUAAGGACCUGCGCCGGGCCUUCCUGGCCGCCUGCCAGGGCUGCAGGAGCAGCAGCAACACGCAGCAGCUGGACAACAGCUUGGAGUCGGACUGCCAGAACCGCAACCUGCAGAUCCAUGCCAACCGGGCGGCCGAGAGCUGCGUCAAGACCACUGUGAAAAUAGCCAAAGUGACCAUGUCCGUCUCCACCGACACCUCUGCCGAAGCCGUCUGACGGACCCAGGCAGCCUGGCUGCCCCGGUCAUGGAACAAAAGGGGAAGGAAUGAUGAAGCCAUGUGCUAAGCUUGCCGUGAGAGUGCGUCCAGUCAUUUUUCAAAUUCAACUGUGACUCAACUGUGUCCAAAAAGGGAAUCGGAUGUUUGAAUGCUAUGAUGGACGAGAGGGUCCAGACCUGUCAGAUGAUGGGUACUAAAGUGCCAAAACGGUUCUCUGAAGUGAGGGCAUCUUUCUCAUCCAUGGCAUCAGUACUUGUGCUGGGAUUCUUACUGUGUUCUUUGUGCCAUUCUUAUCAGUCAUAUCAACUGAAAAUGUGUGGAUGUUGUGAAUGCUCUCAUGAACGCUUAUUCUAUUUUUAUACUUUGAAAUCAGGUUUUUGAACAAUUAUACCUUCUCUCAUGGGGAAAAGGGGCUAUUGAUCUUUUUAGUAUGAAAAGUAUGUAUGUCGAUUUGUAAAUACGUGGUAUUACACUGUACCAUAUACUAUUCCAUGCGGUCGUGCUCAAAGACAAGUGACUGUCUGGAUCUUCUGUGCAAAUGUUAGUAAUGGUAGUGAAUAAUCAAGCACUGAACAAUAGGGAACAUUAAUGUUAUCCUCCAGAAAAACAACAUGAAAAGUGUGAGUAUUGACUUUGAUAUUGUUAAUAAUUGUGUUAAGUCUCAAUUUCUGUGGUGUUGUUCUGAGCUCUUCUUCGAAGACUAGAGAUAUCCUAGCAUUUGGCUUUGGGUCUCCUCACUCCUUUCUGACUGUUUUGGAGAUUUUGCAAAUGUACGGACUGUUCAGUAAGUUCAAUAAUUGUUUGGUUACUCUGCACAAACAAUGCGAUGGAUGUGCCAGGCCAUUGGACACAGGUCAAGCAUAGUCCUGGAUGAAGAUAACGGCAAUCUGCUGUUGAAAAUACCCCAGAACUAGGCUUGAUCUGUGUCUGGUAAACCGGUCACAUAGAUUACGUUGCACAUCGAAAGAAGCACAUGGCCUGCAGGACGGAAACGUCCUCUAGUUUUGAAACAGCCGAAGUGUAAAUAUUGCUAUUCAGUAAUCACAAUCUUAAACUGUGAUGUGAUGUUCUUCUCCAUCUUGUACUGGUGUGGUCAGUUCCUACUGUUACUGUCCUGAAUGAUUAGCAUUUCUUAUAAUGCUGAAGGUUUGCAUUCGGACUAGUCUGACCGGUCCAUGAAAAGAUAAAACACGCAAUGUCUAGUGGGAGCUUGAGCUGCUUCUUUGGGUGAGGAAACUCAAAAGAAUAUGAAAUCGCCUACUGACUAAGAAUAAAAUGUAAUGCAAUUGUACAAUGUUUUGUGUAUUGCGGUACAAAUAGUGAUGAAACUGAUCCAAAACUGUUACGAAUACGUUUUUUACCUCUGUUUCAGCAAUGGCUAACAGCAAAACUUUGUUCAUGUUGUGCUAAAAUCAAAAAACUGUGGUGUGCUGGCUACACCUUUCUGAGAUAAACGUAUUAAAGUCAGUUCAACACUUCGGGCUGGUUUCUUAUACCAAUAUUAAGCCGAGUCCUGGGGAAAAAAAAGGAAUUUUCAGCCUAGAACGCACACAGUCAUUACAAUUUUGUGCAGACGAGGCUUAAUACGUCUAUGAGACCAGCCUGUUGCAAAACUGCAUAAAAGAACUUCUUGAAUAUGUGUGGAAUUGUGUUCGUGGUUCGUAGAAUAACAUAUUGUAUGUUUGCUUUUCUUAAGAAAUGGACGACUCCCCAAAGCAGGGCUAUCUGGGGUCAAAUGGAAUGGGUGUGGUUCACCUGUAAGGACUGCAGUCCUGUAGUUGCAGGUUAAGCCUAGUUAUGGACUCUCCUAACGAUGAUACAUUGAAUAGCUUCUUUUUCCAAGCUUAACCCACAAAACAGUCUGCUAAGCUUUGUCUUUUCCUCUCUCUAAACGCUUUUGAUUGGGUCGUGUGAACGAGUUGCACUGUGCAUAUCUACAUUGUGGGCUGGUUUUGUAGACACAUACGUAAGCCUAGUCUCAGUCAACAGGUGGAUUCUCUCUUGAAAAACCUUAGACUAGGACUAGGCUUCUGUGGAUGGAAAGCAGCCCUCUAUUUUCUGUAAAUCUGGAUUUCAAUGUGUUUAGUUCAGAUUCUGAAGGAGUUCGACGCAGGAGAUCUUUUUCAAUAGUUAGUAUUAGCUGAAGUUUGCCGUGAUCUUAAACCUCGCUGUUUCCUCUCUGCCAGCAGUUGUAGCUGCUCAUUCUGCUGUUGUUGUGCGUGGAGUGAAGACUAAAACACCACAAAACUGUCAAGUGGCUUCUGUCCCAAGGUGGCACAUGACUCGAUCGUCUGAAAAUAUUAAAGCUGAAAUCAGUGGCGGCUUGUACUUUCUGUAUCGCAGUGUAGUCUGUUCUAAGCUUUUGAAUAAAGUCACAACUGACUAUCAGA